ACUGAUGGUGGCGUGCUAUAAGGGGUUUUUGGACAUUGUGCAAUCUCUUUACCACUGUCCCUACCUGGACAUAAAUCACCAGGACAACGAUGGCAACACAGCACUGAUGAUCGCUGCACAAGCAGGUCACACCAUUACAGUGACCUACAUCCUAAACUACUACCCCGGGGCAGACACAGAGAUCCGGGAUUKCCGUGGCUUCACCGCACUCAUUAAAGCUGCCAUGCAGGGCCGAGAUGAUGUGGUGUGUUCCCUCGUCAUGCUAUUUAAUUUUUUUCCCUUCACUGCUAUUUCUCUUCCAGGUGCAGACCUAAAUGCAAUAGACACCAGGAAGCAGAAGUGUGUGCGGGACUGGGCACUAAAGACGGGCCGCUACGAGACCUUGAGCCGCCUCCGCCGCCUCAACCUGCGGCCUAGAGCCGAGCAGUUUACUGAGAGUUACGUCCCCGAGUGGCCAGAACUGAAAGUGCUGGUGGCCAAAGCCACAGCCAACAAGAGCGCCGGCCAGAUGAUCACCCAGCGCAUCAGGUCCACCUUCAGCUUCAACUUUCCCCAAGACCCCCAGAACAACGGGGUCUUGGACAAUAUGGUGCGUAUCACCACCAGCAUCCACAGCCCUUUGGUGGCCACCGCCUGCCGGCCGCUAUGCCCCACCAGCCCCCCUGAGGUGGGGAAGAGGCGCUUGGCCGUGCCUGAGCUGAUGAAGAAGCACUCAGAGAAGAAGCUGGAGGAGAGCUCUGUGUGCCACAGCAACGGCUCCGUCUCCUCCAUCAUUCCACACAUCCACUCGGCCGAGACCAUCGCCACGUCCUGCUGUGUGGACACAGUGCGCAGGGGCAGCAUUGUCUCUAUAGCCUCCACCGGGGUGCGCGCCUUCAUGCCCAGGAACAUGGCCCACAGGAACAGUGUGUUCCCUUCCGGCUGCAUCCCCAAGAUCCAGAUAGUGAAAUCUGGAGAGCCCACGCCUAAGAAGGAAAAAAAGAAGAAGGGGCACAAGGGUCACCUGGAGCUGCCCAUAUGGAAGUACAAAGCAGAGAAGCAAGAGAAGAAGGAGAAGAAGAAGGCAGAGAAAGAAAAAGAGAAGGCCAAGAAGGAAAAGGAAAGGAAAAAGAAGAGAGAGAAGUAGUGAGAUGUCUAAAGCUGCCAAUUUAUUUCGAUGCCACACAUUUCCAAUAACUUCCAAUAUAUUUUUCCUGGAGUUAUAUUMCAAACAUCUGAAUUAUGAAGUACUGCUCAAAUUACUCAAAGGUCUGGACUCGGUUUUAUGGCCAAUGCAGUAAAAUGGAUUCUUUAAAGGCCAUCAUAUUCAUAAUGCUUUGUAAAUAUUUUUUUUUUUUUAAACAUUUUACAGGACUAGUAAAGGCCCAGUGCACUACGUUUGUGAAAUUUUUAUAACUAAAUGUA